CAUACCAGUACCAUACAAAUAUGAUUUGACUUGUUUAAUAAAGUAAUAAACACAAACAUCAUCUUCUCUUGAGUGUGUGUGUGAAGAAUUUAGAGAGAUGAUAACUUGGAUACAUAUCACCCUGAUCUCUGGUUUUACAGUAGUAAUCAUCGUGCUCAUUUUGAUUCUAAUGCGCAAGAAAUGGUCACGGCCUAUUACGCCUGCACAAGUGGUAAUCACAGAUACACAAAGCAGCCACAUACAAACUAGAGAGCCCAGUUUCCGCCAUCACCGACAAAGUCACCUUGUUUUCCGACAAAGGAAACCAUUCUUCAGUUGGUCCGAUCAUCCUUGUCUUGCAGCCCACGCCGUCGAAAAUGGAUGGCCAAGUUUCGCUUUCGCGUCUACGGAUAGUGAUCAUGUAAAGGAAGCCCACGUCAACGUGGAGAUGAGUUGGGAAGUUUUUGAUGAAUCCGUAGAUUAUAUGCAGAAAAUCAGACUGAAUAAUGAAUCAACGACAUCGUUAUGUGUGAUCCGAGCAGCUUUGCCUUUGCCAGGCCCACAAUUUGCGCAUACAUCUUUCCCACGGGAAGCAUAUUUUGAGAUAACAAUUUUGUCUGAUUGUCAUCGUGAUUUCGUCAGCGAUCAUAAUGCGAAAAAUGAUCUUGAUUGUUUGAAUGAAGGGACAAAUGUUGAUAGUAAGAGAAACAAGAUUGCACAAGUGAAAUUGGGAGGAAAAGAAGAGGUUGAAGAUGAGAUGGUUUUGGUGGCUAUAGGUUUGACAGGAGGAAGUUCCUAUCUUCCAUUGAAGAUUCCAGGCAGCUUUCUUGGAUCUGUUGCCUUCAAUUCCACUGGUUCUGUCUAUCUUGAUGGAAAGAAGCUGUCGGAAAAGGAAGAAUGGGGAAGAGAAGGAAACGUGGUGGGUUGUGGGUACAAUCCAGGGCAGAAAAAGGUUUUCUUCACUGUGAACUCGCAGCUGGUAUACGAGAUUCGGUGCAAAACGGAGGAAUUCGGGCAGCCGCUGUAUCCGACGCUCGCUGCAAAGGGUGAUGUGACAGUGGUGGUGAAUCUCGGACAAAGUCCUUUUAGAUUUGAGGCCGCGAAUUCGCAGAGAACUCAGAAUCCGUGUUUCAUAACCAAAAAUGCAAGCUGCGCUGCGCCCUUGUAUGAAUUGGAUAGCAAGGAGCUGUUUUCCAUGGGAAGAAUCGACGGGAAAUGGAGGCAUUGCACUGAGAAUCUUACUGCAACGGAAUUUUCUGAUCAAUUGUCUGAAGCUGAUCUCUUUGAAAUUGUUGCUAGAUAGUUACUCAUCAAACUUCACAAGGGUUUUGUCUUAUCAAUCAACAGCUUUUGUGAAUUAAUGCAAUUUUGGAGGAUUUGAUUUUGGAAGGAUGAUAUAAAUGAGAGGGAUUCUUGCUCGAAGGGGUUGAGCUGAAC